UUUUCCGAGUACUUUAACCGGUGUCCGAUGGUGGAAAUUCAAGGCAUCACAUAUCCUGUCCGCGAGUACUACCUUGAAGAUGUGCUGGCGGAGCUAAAAUUUUACUCCUUCGAAGAUAAAACGAGUCGAAAUCCGCGCGACAGAAAAAGAAAUAGAACACAAACAGCACAGCAGGACGAAUUCUACGACAUGAUCGAAGCUUACACCAGUGAAAUACGCAAUAAAUAUUCGGCUUCGGUUAUCCGAGCGUUGAGCAAUCGUGGUAGUGAAAACCACCAAAAUGAACUGAUCGUGGAACUGCUGUACUACAUCACUUAUGCGCAGCCUGCAGGUGCGAUCUUGGUGUUUCUACCGAGUGUGAUGCAGAUAUCGGAUAUCUACAGGAUGAUCCAUGAACACCCGAAGUUAUCCACGGCACGGCUAGUCGUGUAUCCCCUUCACUCGAAGAUACCAACCGCAGAACAAACGGCAGUAUUUGAUCGACCUCCGGCCGAAACCCGGAAGAUUAUCCUCUCAACAAACAUCGCCGAAACGUCGAUCACAAUUGACGAUAUUGUGUACGUCAUUAAUGCAGGGCGCCACAAGCUCAAUACGUACGAAAAUGGUAUAUCGGCGUUGCGUGACGAAUGGAUCUCGUUGUCUAACGAAAUUCAACGAAAGGGUCGAGCUGGUCGAGUACAGGAAGGAACGUGCUACCAUCUUUACAGCCGAGCCCGGAGGCGCACAUUCUUGGAGAAUGUACCUCCGGAGAUUUUGCGAGUAGCACUCGAUGAAGUCAUUCUGCAAGUGAAAAUCUUGCGCCUUGGUGAGGUACGCGUCUUUAUGGACCGAUUGUUGGACAAACCAUCCGACACCGUGAUCGAAGAAUCAUUGAAGCUGCUGAACAGAUUGAACGCGAUUGAUGACGACCAGAAACUGACGCCUCUCGGUUAUCAUCUGGCGCGACUACCAAUGGACCCUCGCACCGGCAAAAUGAUUCUACUAGCGAGUAUUUUCGGCUGUAUUGAUCCCAUAACCUCAAUCGCUGCGAGCCUUUCUUUCAAAAAUGCGUUCUACAAACCACUUGGCAAAGAAAAGGAAGUCGAUCGUAUCCGACGCCGGUUUGCCGACGGGAUUGCCAGCGAUCACAUCAUGCUGGCACGCGUACUCGACGAAUGGCGCCGCCAGUCCAAUCGGGCGGGAUUCUGUCAUCGGCAUUUUCUCAACAACGCCACACUUCAGCAGCUGAGCAACAUGAAGCGUCAAUUCUGUGAGUAUCUUCACGGAGCCCACUUCUUGUCGGCGGUAGAAUGCGAAGCACCGGAAAACAACCACCACACGGGAAGCAACGAACUGUUGGCCGCGAUCGUUGGAGCCGGGCUGUAUCCGAACGUAGCCUUCGUGCGAAAGGUAAUUCGGUCACGGAACAGUCCCGAUGGGCGAGCGAUCCUGAACAUCGAAGGACAAGGUCGCGCAGAAAUCCACCCUGCAUCGGUCAACAGCAACCGUGGCAUCUUCCAUUCGAAUUUUGUCGUGUAUUACGAUAUGCAGAAGCUCUCCGCACUCACCAUCUUCGAUACGACAGUGGUGAACCCGUUUUCGUUGCUAUUCUUUGGCGACAAUCACGUGGAAACCGAAGACGACCACGAGUUGAUAUCGAUUGCGGGUCACUACUGCCUCAAGUGUGACAAAGCAACGUAUCGCUUGAUACAGGAUCUCCGCAAUGGAUUUAAUCUCUUUCUACAAAAGAAAAUUUGCGAACCAUCGCCAGUUGAUUGGGACGCGACGGAAGGUGACUUGUUGCGAGCUAUCAUAAAGCUAAUCACCGUCGAAUGCAAGUACGACGAUCAUUUCGGGGACGAAGAGACAACAUUAGGAACGGAGGAGUCGCAUUAGUUCUUUCGGCGGUGUCCAUUACCGUCCGUUACCAUCAUUUCGCUCGAAAUUACAACAAACGUUACGCCAAAGAGGAUCUUAGUGACACAGAACGAAAGGAACGAACUUCCGUUUUGCUUCUGCUCCGUUAAGUGACGCGAAUUGUGUUAUUUUGUUUAAUUUUUUUUAUUGUUGGAUAGGUUGGAUUACGUAUAAAUU